AUGGCUGACGUGCACAUUUAUUUUGGAUCCCAAUCAGGCACAGCGGAAAGCUUCAGCGAGGACUUGCAAGAAGAGGCCGAAAAGCAUGGAAUCAAAGCCGAGGUUCGGGAUUUGCAGACGUUCACUCCGGAGGGUUUUGCCGCGAGUCACAUCGUGAUCAUGGUGGUCGCCACGUAUGGUGAUGGCGAGCCGACGGACAACGCCGUGGCGUUCCACAAGUGGGUGUCCAACCCCAAAAACGAUGGUGCACUCAAAGGCCAACGGUUCACCGUGAUGGGUCUUGGGGACAUGAACUAUUCGCGCUACAACAACAUGGGCCAGUUGACCGACCAAAGUUUGGAGCGAAUGGGAGGAAUUCGCAUCUACAAGCGCGGAGUGGGAGAUGACAGUCAAGAUAUCGUGUCCGACUUCGAGACAUGGAGAGAGGGUGGUUUAUGGGAGCAUGUGAAGACUGCCGUUGCAGAGGUAAAGAAAGAAGGCCGCUGUGUCUCCUUGGGCGAGUCCCGACCAACGUCUGCAUCAGCAGAGAAGCCCCUGGGCACCGCGGUGCUGUCCCUCGUGCGCUCGACUGCUGAGCUCGCGCCCGAACCGGAUGCAGAACCUUCCGAAGUGGCUGCCCGUUUCUACUUCGAAGCUGAGAGGUGCACGGUUGCCAAGGUGCGCGAGCUUCGGCAGCACCGCAGCUUGGAGGAUGGCCUCUCAACUAUGGAGGUGGAACUCGAGGCAUCCGGCGGGCUCGAGAAGUACACGGCAGGCGGAACUUUGGCUUUGCUUCCGCGCAACGCCCCGUCGGAUGUCUCAGCAGUGCUGAAGCUCCUGGGCCUCUCCGAGGGGGACCUUGCCAAGCAGGUCACCGUCAAAGCAAAGGAGGGCAGUGGCUUCAAGGUCAAGAAGCCCUUUCCGACGCCCUGCACCCUGGGUGACGCAUUGUCCCUAUACUGCGACCUUGCAAAAGCGCCCACGAAGAAGCUGCUCACGGCCCUCCAGGAGAAGCUGGAUGAACCCUCAAAGGAAUUUGUAGGCAAGCUUCUGUCAGAUGCUGAUGCGCUGAAGGCGCUGCAGUCUGAGGCAGUUUGCUGCCGCAUGCAUGAGUUCUGGGCGCUUCUGGGCGUGAAAGGAGGCUUGGACCCUGUCACCUUCCUCCAGAACUGCCCUCGACAGCGCGCCCGUGAGUUCACCAUUGCAUCCUCUCCUCUCAUGGCAGCCAAGCGGAUCUCUUUGUGUGUGAGUCUGACGACCCGCGAGACCGAAAGCCUAGAGUCCAUGGCAGAGAAGCUGGUUGCUGCCGGUGCCCUGCCGCCCACAGCAGUUGCAGCGGCGCGUGAGGCCCGUCCGCGGUUUUUGGGCAUGUGCUCGCGCUACAUCUCGGCAGACCUCAAGGAAGGCGACGCCGUUCUCGCAAAAUAUCACCCGUCCUCGCUCACCUUGCCGAGCAAAGAUGUCCCAAUCGUCAUGGUGGGAGCCGGCGCGGGCGUGGCACCCUUUCGUGGCUUCUGGGACGAGCUGCGGAAGGGCCCACAGGUUGCCCCGGCGGUUCUCUUCUUCGGAUGCCGUCAUCCCAAUCAGGAGCUUGUUGGCAUCAGUUGGGUGUUGUCGCCUUGUGCCUGGCAAGCAUGA